CCCUUUGCUCCUUCUGAACCUAUAAAGGGACUCGGGUCAACUCACACAAGCACAUAUUUGUAGGUUUACCUGUAACUAGCACAAUGGCAAAGACACAAAAAUUCAUCUUCACUGGAUUUUUAAUAUUCAUCUCAGUUCAGUGGACAUCGUGUGUUAUAGAGGAAGAACUUCAUGCUGAGUACUGGAACAACAAAGCAAAACAAGCUCUUCACACUGCCCUGAAUGUUCAGCCUAACGUGCACCGAGCCAAGAACCUCAUCCUCUUCCUGGGGGAUGGAAUGGGUAUGCCGACAGUGACGGCUGCCCGGAUCCUAAAAGGCCAGCUGGAAGGGAAUUCAGGAGAGGAGGGAAGUUUGGUCAUGGAUACCUUCCCUCAUCUGGCCCUGUCUAAGACGUACAAUGUAGACCAGCAGAUGCCUGACAGUGCGGGCACGGCGACGGCAUACUUAUGUGGAGUGAAAGCCAACUAUGGGACCCUGGGAGUCACUGCUUCCACUCCAAGGGGUAAAUGUAGCGCUACUUCUGGCAAUGAAGUCACAUCUAUUCUCCACCGUGCCAAGAGUGCAGGAAAGUCAGUUGGGAUCGUCACGACGACGAGAGUGCAACAUGCUUCGCCUGCUGCGAGUUACGCUCACUCCGCCAACAGAGACUGGUAUUCUGACUCUGACCUCCCCGAUGAAGCUCUCCAAAAUGGCUGCCGGGAUAUUGCAUACCAACUGGUGCACAACACAGAGAUAGAUGUCAUCCUCGGUGGAGGUCGACAGUACAUGUUACCCAGAGACACUCCAGAUCCUGAGUAUCCGGAUGAGACCGGAGACCGGAUAGACGGACAGAAUCUUAUUGUUGAAUGGGCUAAGAAUAAAAAAAAAGCUAAAUAUGUUUGGAAUAAAGCUGAUUUUGAUGCAGUCAAUCCUCGACAAACAAACUUCCUUCUAGGUUUGUUUGAACCCAAAGACUGUCGCUAUGAGCUGGAGCGGGACCGGUCCAUGGACCCUUCGCUUACAGAGAUGACAGAGAAAGCAAUCAAGAUUCUCAGUAAGAAUCCCAAAGGAUUUUUUCUGUUUGUGGAAGGGGGGAGAAUUGAUCACGGUCACCACGGCACCCUGGCCAAAAAGGCUCUCCACGAAGCCGUAGAGCUUGACCGUGCAAUCGGCCGAGCAGCCGAACUCACCAGCGAACUAGACACACUGACUGUAGUCACUGCUGACCACUCUCACGUCUUUGCUUUUGGAGGGCAUUCUGCCAGAGGAAACUCUGUGUUUGGAGUUUCUCGUGAAUUGGCCAAGGACGACAAGCACUAUACCACUGCUGUGUACGGCAACGGACCAGGAUAUCAGAUAGUCAAUGGAACUCGCCCUGACAUGAAUGAAUCAAUUUCAUCGACGAAUGAUUACCUACAGCAGACUCCGGUCCCUCUCAGCUCAGAGACCCACGGUAUAGAAGACGUGGCCAUAUUUGCCAAAGGACCAAUGUCUCACCUUUUCCACGGGGUUCAGGAGCAAAGUUACAUUCCACACGCCAUGGCUUACGCCGCCUGUAUAGAACCCUAUGAAAACUGCAAUCUACUCCCAGGCAGCGUUGGAGGAAUUCACCCCAGCCUGCUUCUCCUCCUGAUGGGGCUGUUGCUUACCCUCUGCUCUGCCUGACAUCACGUUCCCAGCAGGAUUUGUUAAGAUGUUAGAAUGAAUCUGCAAUCUUUUGUUUUGGUUGAAACAUAACUUAUUGUUGACGUAAUCCUGUAUAGAAUUUAAAUGUUUCUCUUAUGCUCAGCUUUUACCUUUGGAGCCAUUCAGAGUAAUUUAUUUUUGUCCAGCAAUGAGACGAAAAAGGGUAUCUGUUAUUGCUGAACAUUAGAGCUGCAAAUUUUAACCCUUUGUUAAACGUAUAUCUAAGAUAGGAUUGAAAACUUUUUUUUAAUAUGCUAUUUACAACAGCUAGCUUUGUUUUCCCUGAUAGGCCAUGAGUCCGUUUGAAAUGUGCCCUGCCUCCACGAAUAAACAUCAACUGGAAAUAAA